AUUCAUGCCUCUGUUCAAUGUAUUUGUGUAAUUUGGCAUGUUCUGCCUUUUAUUGUUUGCUCUGUUGUUAACAGUGCGGUCAGUACUGCACUAUGUAGUGAACAGAUUGCGGUCAGUAGUGCACUAUGUAGUGAACAACGUGGCUGUGGACAUGAAGACGGAAUGAGUGACCGUUUCUGAGGUCAUGCAAUACAACUGGACUGUUGAGGAAACCGCCCUGGCGCAUGCGCAGUGUAAAGUCGGCUGGCCAAUCAAAGUGCAGCGCUAUUCUGAUGCGUAUUUUGAAUCAGGCGUAAACGGCUGAUCGGGUUUCAGGUCUCGUCUUUCUGUGAUGUUAUUUUAGCUGUAGUUCAAAAUAAACCAUCGAUAUUUGGCUUUUAAGGAUGAGGAAAAGUGAGGUGCUUGCUGCCGAGGCAGUGGCAUGCCUAAAUAAAGCACUGUGCCGCCUGAAGGACAUCUGGGAGGAGAUCGGGAUUCCAGAGGAACAGAGACUGGAGAGAACAAAUGUGGUCAAAUCUCAUAUAAAAAGUCUUCUGGACAUGAUGAUUUCAGAGGAGGAGAGUCUAAGAAAGCGCCUGGUGACCAGUAUUGAUUCCUGUCGAAAGGAACUAGACCAAGUGUGCUUGGAGCUGCAGCUUCCCCCAUAUCAGGAGGAGAGGGCUAAGACAAUGCUUCAGCAGGAGAAAGAUAUCCGAACCUGCCUUGAGGCGAUGCUGAAAGAGAAAGGACAAAGAAUGCAAACACUUAAAUCCCUAAUAGAGCAGGAUCAGGAUCUCUGUGAUGUCCUUUGCUCUGAGCCAUUCUCCAUCUCUGCUAGCUCAGUUCCAUCCCUUGAGCAGCUGGAAAACGUCAGACAACAUAUUACCAAACAGAUCAUGGAAAAGGACCAGAGGCAUUGCAAGUUUGUUGAGCUAAAGAAAAAGAUUAUCUUGUGUAUGGAUGACCUGGAUCAACUGCCCGAGACGAGUUUUGAGAAGGAUAUUGUUUGUGAGGAUGAAGAGGCUUUUUGUCUGUCCAAGGAGAAUAUCGACUCCCUCAGAGUUCUUCUGCACCAGCUAGAAAACAGGAAGGCUGAGAACGAGUCCAUCUGUGUGUCAUAUCGAGAAAAGAUCCGGGAACUAUGGGACAAACUGCAGAUCUCUCAGGCUGAUCGUGAUGCUAUUUCUGAGCACAUGACCUUGUCCAAGAAAAGAAACAUGGAAGCUUUACACGCUGAAGUCCAACGUCUUGAAGAACUAAAGCUCAGAAAUAUGAAGAAUCUCACUACGGCUAUUCGGGAGGAAAUUGCCGAGUUCUGGAACAAAUGCUUCUACAGCACAGACCAGCGUCAGGCUUUUCUACCCUACAGUGAUGAUAAUUUUAGUGAACAACUUCUUGGCUUGCACGAAUCUGAGCUCCAGCAUUUAAAACAACAUUAUGAAGAUCACAAAGAACUUUUUGAAGGGAUUCACAAAUGGGACCAGAGUUGGAAGCUUUUCAUGGAACUUGAAAAAAAUGCCACAGAUCCUUCCAGAUUCACCAACAGAGGAGGAAACCUUCUGAAGGAAGAGAAACAAAGAACAGACCUGCUUAAAGGCCUUCCCAAGCUUGAGAAGAAGCUGAAGGUGCAGAUCGAGAUGUGGGAACAAGAGCAAGGUCAGGACUUUCUGGUCCAGGGUCAGAAGUUUAUGCAGUUUGUGUCCGAGCAGUGGGAGCUGCAUCGACUUGAGAAGGAGCGGGAGAAACAGGAAAGGCAUCUGAAAAAGAGCAAGCAGACGGAGGAGGAUAUGCUCUAUGGCACUGCCAUGAGGACGCCAACCAAACGGAGAUUUUUGGGCAGUAUGACACCUUGCAAGGCGCGAAAGCUCAAUGCUACCUCCAGCACCACCACUGGCAUCUCUAACAGCACGAUGCGCUCUGCAUUCGGUGGAACUGUCUGCCACUCACCAGUGUCCCGCCCUCCAAUGUCAGCAAGCAAGGGUAAUGCAGCAAGGACUCCAGGUCGGGGGAAACCUCCGCAUCAGGGAUUGACCGAACGCAACAAGGAGAACAUCUGUCACCUCGGUGCGCUGAAGACUGCAGCCAGCCCACAACGUAACUUCAGUAUUAAUUCUGUUGCCAGCACCUAUUCAGAGUUUGCGGAGAUACUCACUGCUGAAUCUGUGCAAUCCAGCGGGAUCUCUCCAAGGCCUCUAAGUCCAAAUGCACACCAGAAGUCAUGAACUCGACCAUCACACAGCUCUGAUCACACACACGCGUACACACUGUAUCUUCUAAUACUGUUGGAACUGGAAAGGGAAACGCUGCAUGGCCAGAUCACUUUCCAAAAGCAUUUAUGUUCACGUUGUAAAUGUAUCGUUUGUUUUUGCUUUUUACAUGUAAAUGAGGUUAAUAUAAAUAUAUUUAAUGUUUCAUUAAAAAACUGUACGGAAUGUCAAAAUACUCUAAAUAACAUUUGUUUUGUUAAGCACAGACAAAAGUCCUUAAAUCUUAAUGUAAAAAAAAAAAAUCAGCUCACCUUGUGACCUUUUGAAUGAUAGAUUGGUGAUUGGGUGUAUAAUUUAAGCUAGCCUAUUAGCACUAUCCCCAAACGUAUUACACAGCAUGGCCAAAUGUAAGUGGAUUUAACUAUUUCAGCCACACACAUUACACACUAUCAGAUACAUUAUAAUAAGCAUAUAGUUAUGGAAUUCCAACAGACAAUGGCUGUAAAUCAAGUCGUACUGAAAAGCAUUUUGACUGAUGGCAGUGAUCCAUGAUCCAGGACGCUGUGUUUCCAUCAAAUCAGUUCUAGUUUCAGCUAGAUUUGCUUCAGUAAUAUUAUGUGCUGAACGUGCUCUCACUAUUAACUUCCAAACUGCCUUAAAAAGCAACAUUGAAUUUUUAAAUGGAACUAAACCCCCCACAGUCAUGUUCCAAAAUCUAGUGAAAAGCCUUACAGAGGUGUGGCAGCAGCGAAGAUCAUAUUGUUGCGAAUGGUUUUGAGUCAUCUGUUAAGCACUUACAGAUAUACUGUGCAUUUGUCCACAUACUUUUGGCCAUGUAGUGUAAUUUGUAAUGUAUGUCUAUCAUGGAUGUUUUGCACAAUAUAUUGUUACAGGUGUUUUUGUAUUUGUAUUAAACAGCUGUUGAAUUUAUUUGAUCACACUAGCCUUUAACUGUAUAAUAAACUAUUUUAACACA